AUGACAUAAGAGCUUAUCUCAUAUUUUUUAACGAUAAAAGAUAUCAAGGCCUACAAAAUGUGUCAGUAGUCUUUUAAGCAUUUCGCUAUAUCUGGAUCUGGUAAGAAGUACAUCUAGUUCAUUUACAAGUUCAACAAUGCCAAUACUAAACACAUUUACAAUAUUUCUGAUAUGUAUGACCCUGUUUCCUAAUUUGGCAGCUGUAGUGACGCGUCUCGACUGCACAUAUGAAUUAAAUAGAAUAACCAACAUAAAAUGUUCAUCAGUGGCUGCCAACAAAGUGGAGGAUUGCAAAUUUUAUAUUAACACUAAAUAUUCUAACCUUACUGCUAUUGAGAAUGCUACUGAACUCCACUCGACACUUGUGAAUGGAUCGUUCCAGAACAACUGUAGCCUUCAAAUUUCACUUUUGAAACUAGGCCCUGGUGACCAUACGAUUUCAGCCGUAAUGACGCUGGGUACAGAAGAUGGAGGAAAAAAGAACAUCAAGGGUUUUGUUGAGAUAAAAAUAAGACCUGAAUGGAUCAAACUCGACUGCACAUAUUACAUUUACAACAGAAUAGCCUUCAUAAAUUGUUCAUCAGUGGCUGACUACAAAGUAGAGGAUUGCAAAUUUUAUAUUGACACUAGAUUUUCCAACCUUACAGUUAUUGAGAAUGCUACUGAAAUCCACUCGACACCUGAGAAUGGAUAUUUCCAGAACAAAUGUAACCUUCAAAUUCCACUUUUGACACUAGGCCCUGGUUUUCACGAAAUUUCAGCCCAAAUGAUCCUGGGUACAGAAGAUGAACGAAAAAAGAACAUCAGUGGUUUUGUUGAGAUAGAAAUAAAAUCUUCACUAGAUUAUGUUCAUUGUUUUUCAUCAAGUAAGGAUCUCAAAGUCGAGACAGUUCAAUGCUGCACUGAAUUGAUGUUAUUUAAUAUCAGCUGUGAUUUUAAGCUCUAUAUCUGGGGUGCACCGGAAUAUGCCAUAGAAAAUGUGUCCUACAACAAUGGCACGACUGGACGCGACAGUAGUUUAUGCAAGGACUGGUGCAUGGUGACUGUUCCAAUGGAAAUGAUUUAUAUAGAACUACACUCCUACUCUGUAAACAUGUCUCUCAUGAACGGCUCUGAGGUUAUUGAAGUUAAAAAUAGCUCGUCUGGUUUCUCUAAGUAUGGAUCUGAUCACACAGAAUUGAACCCGGCCUGUGAAUUUCAGAGUUCUAAACUCAUGUAUCCUGGAGAAACUAGGACCUGCACCUGUACAUUUUACGGUAUCGCAGGCUAUGCUAACUGGUACUUCAAUGGUCUUAAGGAAGUCAUUUCAAAUUUGACAGAACCUGUUCCAGGAACGCACGAUAGAAAGCUGGUUGUUUCAUACAAAGAUGUUGAAAAACAUAAAGUGUUUUUUUGUGGACCUGAGACUAUUGAUAAAAUAAAACAUUUUAUACCAUAUUCACCUCUUUUGGCAAGUUCUGCCAACAAUGUCUGCAAGCUGAUGUCUUCUUAUGGUGUCUUGUACCUGGCAACGGUCAUGGGGGCUCUUGUGCGGAAGGCAGCUUGAAAUUGACUUUUAACAAUUUUGAUGACGUUAUCAAGUAGGACCCGUAAAAAAUAACAUUUAUUAUUUCCCUAUAUUUCGUCUUUCAUCUGAUUUUUUUCAUAUAGCCUACAAUCCAUGUCUAAUUACUGUUAACGGUUUAAAUCUAGCUUUAGAUAGAAUUAUGAUUUAUCAUAUAUAAAUACUAUCAAUAUUAUCAACAACCUAUUUUGUUUCCAGCAGUUUUAGUAAUUGUCGAAGUGUGACUUUUUA